CCUCUUCAUUCCCGGCGGCCUCUGCGCGUAUACUGUUUGUGUUAUCGUUUCGCGGUCGAAGCAACGACAAGGACAGCGACGGGGAUCAAGCGAAGGAAGUGAAACGACGAAAAGAACAUCGACUCCGCUUUUGUUUCGCGUGCAUCCGUGCUUUCGGGGGUGCGAGCGGUGCGCCAGCGACGAGAAAGGCCGAUAGCUGAGAGCGAGACGGAGAACGAGCGCGGAAUAACCAGGCGGCGGAACAGAGAUAGAGACACCGUUGUCGCUCCACGAGGAGAAGAAAGACAGUCGCGUCGGGACUGAAUAUGUCCGCCAAGCGAAAGGCCACUGCCAUCAUGCAGCAUCACAAGGAAAACAUCUCGACCCCGGAGCCAGCCGACAUAUCCGAGGAGGAUCACUACUCGAGCGCGCUCAUGAAAGACGCGGAUAAGCUGAAGCUGAUGCUGCUCGCGUGGAAUUAUAAUCUUCAACAGCAGGCUCAGGCUCAGGCCCAGGCCCAGGCACAGGCUCAGGCCGCCAACGCGGCCCUCUCGCCAAAUAACUCCUCGACAACCACGGCCACCACCGUUGGCACACCUGUCACCAGCCAAUCGGCCAUUUCCACGGCAAACAACACCAUUAACAACUCCACACUUACAGACUCGCGAAACGGGUCCUCGGACUUGGUCGACAUGCCUGCUGGGACCGUUCCUAAUUUGGGCGCGGUGGCCGGAGUCGGCGGCGAGGACAUGGCAUCCUUGUGGGCUUCCUACGCCAUGGGACUGAAGAAGACGCCGCCGCCGGCGUCCGCCGCGACGCCCUCGCGGUCCGAUCGCGAUCGCGAGUCCAGCCCCCCGGGCGGAGAGGGGACCGGCAGCGCUCACGACGAGACCAGCAGCAGCGGCAAUAAGGAGGACGAGGACGACGACGACGAGGAUGCCGACGAGAGGCUGGACCCCAGACACCACGACCCGGAGCGCCAGAAGGCUUUCAACAUGUUCGUCAGGCUGUUCGUCGACGAGAACCUGGAUCGCAUCGUGCCGAUUUCCAAGCAGCCGAAGGAGAAGAUACAGGCGAUCAUCGACAGCUGCACCAGGCAAUUCCCGGAGUUCGCUGAGAGGGCCAGGAAGAGGAUCAGAACGUACCUGAAAAGCUGUCGGAGGAACAAACGCGGCAGGGAGGGUGCACCCUGGGACGCGGCGAGGCCCACUCCGGCACACUUGACCUCCGUGCAGGCCGAGCAGAUUUUGGCAACGGCCUGCGAAAAUGAGAGCGACAACGCGAAACGCAUGAGACUCGGUCUGGAGCCCGUCUCACAGCCCAUGCCAACUCUUCCGGCCGCAACGCAAACGGAUGUCCGGUCAAGUUUGGAGCAUUUCUCCAGUACGCCGGUGAAAUCACUUCCGGGCAAAAGGGAGGACACACCGCCGGCAUCGCUAACGUCCCUGGCGCCGCUAACCAGUUUGGCCAACUUGCCCAGCAGCACCCUCUCUUCUACACCCCUGUCUCUUGCACCCGCGUCGAAACUGCUCACGCCGGCGGACAACAAGGGUCUCAUGAGCCAGGCGACGAUAGUCAGCUCGUCGACGGUUAACGGUGUUGCCAGCGGCGGUGCACCGACGGCGAUGUACAGACCGAACUUCAGCCAGGCGUUCCAGCGCGCCGGGCCGACCACAGUGCCGCCAACCCUGUCAGCGGGCCUUUACCCCACGCAGAGCUUCACGUCGGGUCUAUUGAGCAACGGUACACAAAGACCCACGGAUCUGAGCAUGAAGAACACCAAGCCGCUUCUGAGCCACAAGUUAAACGCGACGGAGAUGACAGCCGUCAGGCAAUUGAUCACCGGCUAUCGAGAAUCCGCGGCGUUUCUCUUGAGGUCCGCCGACGAACUCGAGCAAUUGUUGCUUCAGCAACCAUAGAGUUACGUUUACGUAGCCAGUGGCCAGCAGCUCGGGUCAUAAGUCCUCCUCGCCAAGGAACAGAACGCAACCGCGAACGCAAUGGCUAACCUGAUCCUUGACACCGGGGACUUGAACGCCGGCAGAUGAACGAAGCUGGUUUACCAUGCUGAACGUGGAAAUUACCGACCGUUGGUAACGAGUUUCCGUUAUCCUCUAUCGGGAAGCGCGAUUCCCGAGACCAGAUCGCCCAAGGAAGCAGCGAAUGCACUGCAGCCCGACGAAACUUACCCCGAAGGACGCGAGAAGCUGAGCUUUCCUACCGCGCGAGCACCACACAGCCACUCUCUGGCUUCUUCGCCAGUUUGCGGAACUCUCCUCGCAAGAACAACGAGGACCAGCGUCCCUCUGGUUUCGUAUCGCGAGGCGGGAAUGGAUUUUAUUCGUCGAAGAACACGGCUUCCCGGUAAGGGGAGCCGCUAGGGUGUUCUUAGGGCUAGGUUUAAGGGAACUAUUCAAACAGGGUGUACAUAGAGAGGAAUUUACAGAUAUUUACUUAACUAUCGAUAAGCUUAAGCUUAAGUGAAUACGAGACGGGGUGCGUGUUGCGUGCAUGCGAGAGUGCGUGCGAGAGGCUUUGACGAAGAGCGGCCCGGCGGGAGAAUUGGUCGAUCGUUGCUCGAAAGUACUGCUGUAUCUUCUUAUUAUAGUAAUUUCUGCUAGCCACGCGAACGAAUCCCCCGAUCGCAACGACCGCUUGCACAUUCGGAGUCGCCGCCUUUUUUUCAUCUCUCGAUCAAAAGUUCUGCCGCUUCGAACGUCUCUCGUGGUUCCGUCGAACGUCGCCAUUGUCGUUUGCCCGACCGAGUAAGUCGUACCGAUUGUUCUGUAUAUACGGCUGCAACGUAUGGGGGGCAGGAUCACGCCUCCGUAAAUACCGGAUAAAAGACGAGCAGUCGGGGAGACGCGAGUUGCCUGAAAACGGGACGACGAAGGACGCUACUGCAGUCAUCACGUGUACAUAGAGACAUGCGUGCGCAUACGUUCGCGCGAGUAAACGUGUGUACUACAUAGGUCGCGGGACAAGAUGGAGUCCCUUUGUUAUGCGAGAAAGCGAUCAGUAGAUCGAAAAGAUCAGUCGUACACACGAGUAGUGAACUGGCUGAGAGCAUAGUACUUGAAUUGUGCAGAUUGGCUUGGGGAUUCUAGGGAAUUUUUCUUUUUUCCUUUUUUCUUUUGCGAGUCGGAGAACUGGACUUGGACAAGGAGGCUUGUUCGAGGCUUUGUUUUUGGGGGAAGGAGUUGGAGAUUGUUUCCGAUUUGCCGAGACUACGACAGACGUCCUCUAGGAAUUAUUUUUGCUUCAAAACUAACUUGCUGUAAAAGAGUGAGGUUAUGUUUAUACGAUCGUAUACGUAGUUAACUGGUCUCUAAUUGUGAAAACAUUGUUUUCAAAGGAGCACGACAUUUAUGUAUCUGUGGUUCGUUUGAAUUAGGAAUUUUAAGUCGAAACCACUAAAAAGAUUAAUCGAUAUGUAGCAUUGUACAAAAUUUGACGAUGUUCUAAGUGAGAUUUUAUAAAAAUUUUCCUAUAAGAAUCUUCGUAUGAAAUGAAUUAUCAAAUCUCCGAAUCGUUCCCCUCAUAAACAGGGCCGAAUGGGAAAGAGAGGUGUUCAAUUUUAAUGCGCUUUAUCGGAAAAAGAAAGGAGAUACUAAAAAUGACGAUCCUCUGCCAAGGCUGCGCACAUUUAUCGGGACCAUCUUGUCACGAUCGGACAAUACGUUGAAAUCGUAUUCGUGGUCUCCGGACGCAUCACUGUGUUACCAAAGAACACUGAUUAUUAUUAUUAUUAAUAUUAUUAUUAUUAUUAUACGAUAAUACACGUAGCGCUAUAUAGACACGCGUUUAUUUCAUCCUCUUUCUCUAUCUUACUUUGGUUUCUCUCGUCCACAAUCUUUACAACGUUACGAGACCGUUGUUUUCGUUGGGCCAACGAGUCGUUCCGAGCGCGUUCGAUGCGAGGACGUGAUGGAACACAGUCGCGCCACCAACCGAUAUCUUCCGCCGCCAGAGAUCGUUCUCAUCGAUCCUACCGAUAUUACGUUGCUAUCGCUGUCGACCAUUACCUUGCAUUACGUUUCGCGUUAUUAUCAUAAUCACGAUCUUCGCCGUGCCGCCCCCCUCGGGAACGACGAAUCGAACAUCGACGAGGGUGGCU